UUAACAGGGAUCGACCAUUCCAAUCUACGAUAGUCCUAAUGUAGAAAUUGGCUUCUUUUAUGAUAUAGUAUGAUAUAUUUUCUGUAAAGUGGUGUAUUGUUGUGGAUAAACUAAAUUCAUGGAAUAGAGAAUGAACACAAACGACAAUGCGUUCACUCCCAAUGUUCUAGAUUUAUCGAACACUUGUUUCCAUAUUUAUUUCAAAUUUGUUAUUUAAGGAAUUAAUCAAACUGUGUUCGUCAUCUUAAUGCACAUGAUACACUGUCAACAAAUUUUAAAUCUGUUGAUAUUCGACCUCGGAGUUAUCGAGGUGCUAAUUAACUAAACAUCACCUUUCAGGAUCAAUAGUCCAUCCACACCGGCUACUGAGGGGCGCGAUCAGGAAUCAACUACACUUUUAUUGUGGCACUCACUGUAUACGCCAUGUGUGGCUGACCAUUGAAGUUCAUCUAAGGUUGAAUUGUGACGUAACUCUGCCAUAUAUAAGUACACAACACAGCUUCCAAUAAACCAAUCGUGUACUUCAAUUGUACAACUGCAGGAUAUUUUUUUGUUUGUUUAUUUGAAAUCUGAUAAGAAACCGACGCUGUCACCAAAUUAGCUUUUGGCUACCACCCAUCUUGGAGCUUUGAGCCGAUUCCCCAGGAGGACACUUCGUUUAACAAAAUUAAAAGAAAUCGAUUUCAUGGAAUUCGUCCUUUAAAAAUCUACCAGUGAAACACUUCAAGGACCCUCCCUCCUACAAAACAACUAUCUAAGAGAACAACUGAUAUAUAUUUCUUUUUGUGAACUGCAUAUUGACAAAAGGCGCGUGUGACAGAAAGUCGUGGAAUAAAUUGACAAGUCUUGUACUUUAGCUCUGACAUUUAUUGAAUUCAAAGGUCUUCAGACACUUUUCGGAACAUCUUUACCGUAAAAUCUGGAUUUUUAUUUAGAUCAAAGAUCUCCAACAUCUUAUUGAUCCCCAGCUCAGGACCUAUAGAACAUUAAUCGCCGGGUCUUUGAAAGGUGUCGGUAACAUUCCGAGAUAACUCUAUUUAACGUUAAAGGAGCGGCUCGGUAUGUAGGUAUCCGUUUCCACGGAAUCGGAGCAACCUAAUAAAAUGUCCAGCACACGGAAGACAAAUGUGACGGAGCCCACAUCUGUCAAUGGUUUGAUCACGGACUUAAUGACGAUUUAUAUAAAUAAAACAGAAAAGGACAGUUUAUUUCCGUGUGGAUCCAACACCACGCGAUGGACAUUGACAGACCCCGUGUGCUCAUUAAAUUUUCACUCGUUUUUCUCAUUCGUAUUUGUGGCUGCAUUAUUGUCCUUAAUCACUAGUUUCACAAUCUUUGGGAACGGAUUAGUAUGGGUGGCGUUGUACCGAUUUCCGAAAUUAAGAUCUAUGUCCAACUGUUUAAUAGGAAAUCUUGCUAUGAGUGAUAUGCUGCUGGCUUUGACAGUAUUACCUAUUUCUCUCGGAAAUGACCUUCUGGGAUACUGGAUAUUUGGUGAAAUAAUGUGUCCAAUAUGGUUAUGCAUUGAUGUGUUAUACUGCACUGCCUCUAUAUGGGGAUUAGUGACAAUUGCCGUAGACCGCUAUACGGCCACUGUUUACCCUGUGUGGUACUUUGAGCGCCGUUCGCCACUUAGAGCACUGAUUUAUAUUAUCAUGGUUUGGUUUUUCUCUAUCAUUGUGUCCAUUGCCCCCUUUAUUGGAUGGAGAGACAUGAUUCCAAAUCUUUAUAAAUUCAAUAUAGACACAAAGAGAUACGAAUGUGUGCUAUUCGAGACGGAAGGAUAUGUCGUGUAUUCCGCAAUGGGGUCUUUUGUGAUACCAGCAAUCUUGAUGCUGUUUUUGUACUUUAGAAUUUUCAUAAUCUUACGAAAACGAAUGAAGACGAUGCAAUUGAAAAAGGAAAAAUUUAAAUUUAAUUUGAACAUGAUAGACCAAGAUUAUGACAGCUGCCCAUUACAAGAGGAAAACAGUCAAAUUGACCUGAGCGCAACACCAGUCACUCAAGUAAAAAUGUCUGACAAAGCAACUCAGAUCAGCCCAGUAACAAAGAAGCAAUACACAAACUUGUCUAUCGGCAAUUCCAGAAUGUCAAAACCAAACGUCCUCCAAGAGGACAAUGAGAGAAAAACUAACGAGGAAGCAGAUUACAGCGACUGUAUUUUACCAGACGUCAUCUGUAAAAGUCAAACCGAGGAGGGGACUGAAGACGAAAAGCAGCCCUGCUUACUUGAUGUUAAUGUUAACAAAACCAUCCAAGAAACAACAUGUGAUUGUACCCAGAAAACAAGGGAGAAACAGGAGAAAGAACAAUCAAAAAACUCAAACAGUGACGAUACUAAACGAGCAUCGAAAAAAAGGAUCUCAGUUACAUUUAAAAAAAGAAAUUCCAAAUCUAAACAUAUUCAAGGAAUAAAGACCAAAUACGAGUUACGAGAACAAAGAGCAACGAAGCGCAUGGCCAUAGUAAUGGGGUGUUUCCUGUUUUGCUGGUUCCCGUUCCUCUUUAUGUAUCUUAUACGAAGUUUCUGUGUCACGUGUUAUAUAAACGUUCACAUCCAAGCCUCCAUCAUUUGGUUGGGUUACGUCAACUCCAGCAUAAACCCUGUGUUGUAUACACUGUUUAAUGACGAUUUUAGGAAGGCAUUCAAGAUCAUAUUAGGUUUAGAAAAAGAACAUCCCCAAAGAAAUAAACUAUAAAGUGUGAGUGACGUUGAGCCUUGAUUACGAAUACCACAGUCUUUCAGUAAAUUUCACUAACGUUCAAUAUUUACAGAACAUUAGUCACUGUUUUACAGAAACCCAGUCGUCAUACAGAAAACGUAGCUAUAGUUUUUACAUUUCAUAUGCAUCACAAAUUCCUGAUGUAUAUAUUAUAAAUUUAAAGUUCGUUAGUUAUUUAGAGAAAAGUAUACACUUGUGGUUACAUUUAACCUGUGACAUGCAAAGCUUGUAAACAAAAUAGACCAUGUUUAAGACUCCAUAUCUUGUAUCUCAGAUUCCUCUUCAAGUGAAUAAAGGUUCGAGAGAACAAUACGUGAUGAUGUGAACGCUUUCUGAUUACAGUUGAGUAUUUCUACAAAUGUGAGCAUGAAAGAUUUCGAGAGGAUAUUCCUAAAGCAAUUCGCUGCUGAAAAGAUCUUCUGUUAUAAUCAUAUCUUUUUGAACAUGUAUUCAAAUUAAAGUCUAAAAGAUGUGGAA